CAGAUGCCCAUAUGAUGCCCAUAUGAUGGAUGAUAUGAUGGAUGAUAUGAUGAUCUGAGCCAUCAGCUGACUGCCCCCGCGCACUUUCAGAUCGGCGGCCGCAUCCCGUAUCAAGGAAGAAACUGAGCUCAAGCAGCCUUGGACCUUGGUAUAGCUAUCGGAUGCAUGUACAAGACUCAAGGAACGGGAUCACAGGAGCCCCUCUUAGUGUAAAAGAUGCUCUGGACUAGGGCCCAAUUCGGCGCUCACUGGCCCGUGCGUGUUUGAGUGUCUGGCCGCUUGCUUGCUCCCAACGAGGUCUUGUGACUGAACCCCACAUCCUCUGGCGUCGCUCCCCUAUAAAGAGCCCUUAUCAGUCCAUGACUCUGUCUCCUUUCUGUAGCUAGUCUCUGUACUCGGCUUCUUUACAUUACACAGCCAAGAAGAAUCUAAACCAACCAGCAAGCAUGAGUUCCGUCGUCUCCGACACGACCAUGUCCACAUCGCCCAUGUCGAGCCGCUCGCGUCGCCGCUCCUCUGCAGCAGAAGGCGUCUUUAGUCCCAAGGAACUACAAGAAGUUGGCGUAGAAAUCGUGCCAAACCCCAACAUCAAGAAGCUCAAGUGGCGCAUCUGUGAAUCUCCGGCCAAACUUGCGGAAGCAGAUCUUGACAAGGCUGACUGGAUGCAUGAGAUGCUGACCACGCCACCCGUCAAUCGUAUCGACCUCAAAUUUCCUCAGUCGUUGACUUUGACUGUGCGCAAGCCGAAAGGAGUGACAUGCAAGGAUGCGAUGGAUGUCGUCUACAAAAAGUUCAAGCACAAGGCCCUCGAAGACAUCGCCGAGCCUCAGCUAGAUGAGCUCGAAUGGGACCGCAACGACUACGCGACACUGGAAUUGCUCCUGCGCAAGGUUUAGAUGCCUAGACACGUUGAUUAUGCGCUUGAUGAUGCUUCUAUUUUUCUUUUUAUACUUCGACUCCUCUUCGUAGUCAAACGCUUAUGCAAAUGAUGAUUUAUGGCUGA